CCCGAAUAAACAUUUGGGUGAUUUUUGCGUAACUUAAACAAUAUAAUUAUUCUAAAAGUAGAAGCAUGAUAAAAUUAAAAUAUUCUUUGGUUACUCUACCAACCCCGUUAGUCCAAAAAGUAAACUAUUGCGUCCAAAUCGCGUCUUUGCAUCAGUCUCUGUUUGUUCUGUGGAAAGCUCGGGUUUCAAGGAGUCCUUGAAGGCACCACGGCACUGCUCCAGGACAGAAGAAGCUAGCAGCGGUGACGGUGAGCAGGGCCGUCGGUCCUCCAGAAAAAACAUAUAGAAGCCUUGAUUAUAUAAACGACAGAGGAAGAUGAGAGUGGCUGUCGCUGCAGCAGUCCUGCUCUUUGCCUUUAUAAACGACGUUUCAGCGUCUUCAGAGUGCGGCCAUCAUUUCCUGUCAUCAGUGAUUGACCCGCAGAAAGCUGAGCGGAGCCAAAAGCAUCACCUGGAGGCGCUGUUCCAGAGGUAUGGGGAAAACGGCACCAUCUCUCUGGCCGGGUUGCAUCGCCUCCUGAAGAGCGUUGGGCUCGACCGCAUCAGGACCAUCACGGUGCAACAUCGCGAGCUCCCGGGCCACCACGACCACGAAAAGCACCACCACCAUCACCAUGACAACGAGGGAAACUCUCACGAGGAGCACGAUCAUGAGGGCCAUCGGCAUCCCAACAAGUCCACAGAAGCGUCUGGCAUCAAACCCACGGAGGCUGCAGGCACAGCCACACUGGGACAUGGCGCCCGGAAGAAACGCCACGAUCCACAGCGCCCUGCUGCAGAGGAAAAGAUGUUCGUCACCGCUGAGGCGGUGAUAACGGAGGGAAGUGUUCACAGCCAUAAGCAUGUUCACACUCAUGACCAUCAUCACGGUCAUGAUCACGAGCACAGACACCAGGAGCGUCUCCACAGUGGCAGCACCAACAGCACAGAGUGCCUGAACGCCUCUAGCAUCCUCACCUAUCACGGAAUGUCGCAAGAAGUGGGCGUCACUCUGGUGGACUUCAGUUACCUUUGUCCUGCCCUCCUCAACCAGAUGGACAGUGGAGCCUGCAUCCGGCACAAAGAUCACCAAAAUCACAGUCAUGGUCACCAUGGAAACCAUAACCACUCCGACCACAGCAACAAUCGUACAGGAGACGACUCCAAAAACAUCACGAUGGCGUGGGCCGGCGGCUUCCUCUCCAUCACCAUCAUCAGCCUGCUGUCUCUGCUGGGCGUGGUCCUCAUCCCGCUCAUGAACAGGGUCUUCUUCAAGUUCCUGCUCAGCUUCCUGGUGGCCCUGGCUGUGGGCACGCUGAGCGGCGAUGCCUUCCUGCACCUCAUCCCCCACUCUCAGGCAGGACACAAUCACCACCACCAGGAGGUGGGUUUGAACCCAGAACCCCAUCUGCACCUCCAUGAGGAGGAGAACCUGGACGGAGUGUGGAAGGGCCUGACGGCUCUGGGAGGAGUCUAUGUCAUGUUCCUCAUCGAACACUUCCUGACGCUCGGGAAAAUGUACAAAGAGAAGAAGCAGAAGGUCCAGAAGAAGUGGGAUCAGAGCGACAAGGAGGAUCCAGAGAAGCAGCCGGCGCUGGAGAACGACCUGAAGCCGAGUGAAGAAGUUGAAUCGAACGGCGCCGGCACGUUUGGCGAACACUCGAGUGGCCUGCACGGCGUCAACGGCGUGGCAGAGGAGGAGCAGGUGAUGCUGGCGCCGCAGCUGUCCGUGGUUUCGCCGCAGAGUUACGGCCGGUCGGGCGGCGCCGCCUACACGGCAGAGGACUGUGAGAACAAGUGCCACUCCCACUUCCACGACACGGUGGGCCAGGCCGACAGCAUGCACCACCACCACCACGACUACCACCACAUCCUGCACCACCACCACUCCCAGAACCACCACCCGCACAGCCACUCCCACUCCUACUCGGAGCAGCACUUCCAGGAGGCGGGCGUGGCCACGCUGGCCUGGAUGGUCAUCAUGGGGGAUGGGCUUCACAACUUCAGCGACGGCCUCGCCAUCGGCGCCGCCUUCACGGAGGGUCUGUCCAGUGGCCUCAGCACCUCUGUGGCGGUUUUCUGUCACGAGCUGCCGCAUGAGCUGGGGGACUUUGCUGUUCUGCUGAAGGCUGGCAUGACGGUGCGUCAGGCCAUUCUUUACAACGUACUGUCGGCCAUGAUGGGCUACCUGGGCAUGGUGACCGGCAUCGUGAUCGGACACUACGCAGAGAACAUCUGCAUGUGGAUCUUCGCCCUGACGGCCGGGCUCUUCCUGUACGUGGCGCUGGUGGACAUGGUUCCUGAGAUGCUGCACAACGACGCCAGCGACCACGGCUUCAGCCACUGCGGCUUCUUCCUGCUGCAGAACGCUGGCAUCCUGCUGGGCUUCUGCAUCAUGCUGCUCAUUGCCGUCUUUGAACACAGAUUCCGCCUGGACCUAGGAGACUCUGUCUCUGGAGGGGACUGAGGGAGGAGGAAGAGUGGGCAGCUGAUGGAAACAUGUUACCUGUGGAGAGCAGCGGCUGCUGUUAGAAAGGUUAAGGUUAGAAAAAGUUUUAGUUCAGAUGUUUGUCUGAAUCUCCUGCUGUAAAUAGAAAACUUGCUUUCAGUUUUCCUUUGGUUUCAGCGGACGUCUUUGGUUUGUGCUGAAGGUUUUCCUGAAGAGAAGUUGUCGACCAUCAUUUCUGAAUCCAUUCCUGCUGAAUUCUAGCCACUUUUUUUGUCUGAAAAUCAGAAAAAAAUGAAGUAUUUAGUUAAUGACUUGAAGAUUUUUUUCCGUACGGUCCCGUACGGAAAAAACAUUGCUAAUGUUUCCCAAUAUGCUGCUCAUUGAUGAACCUCCUCAGUGACGACAUGAAUUUCUACCUGAGGUUCAAAAGGGUUUAAAACAUCAUUCAAAACCACCAUCUUUCACCUGAAAUUAUCUAUUUAAAUAAUUCUCUGGUCACCAUUUUACCUCAAAAAAUGAACAGGAAUGUUCAUCAAAACGUUUCAGGCUGCAUCCCAAUGUUUCUGUGGAAAAUCAAUAGUUUCUGCAUUUGCCUGCAGAGAUGCUUUUAUUCUGAAAGUUUUUUAGUUUCCUGCUAAACCUGGUCAAAAAUAUUCUCUGUAGUCAGCAGCUUGUCUGGUUCAUGCAAACACAUUUCUUUUGAUAUGAGAAACAAAGAGGUCACUUAGAUGGAAAUGUGUCUGAAGUGGAGAAAUGUUUCACACAUUUGCACCGAGACACUAAAAAGUGUUGUUUUUUUAGCGUGUUGAGUGUAAAUGCCUCAAAAAUCUGUGUUUAUUUUUUUCCAAGUUGAACAAUCCCAUGUCAUCAGAUCUGACCUCUGCAGCUUUUUCUCUGUUACACGAGGAUCAAUCAUCACUGAUGUCUGAAGUCUGUCUCUACUGUGAGAGUUUUUAGUGUUGGAGCAGCUGCUCGGCGUGGAGGUGACGAACACGAAGCUCUGCGUCUGUUACAUGUUCAAAUGGUGGAGCCACCAUGACGUACAAUCAUAUUUGUGUCUGUGCUGUUUCCUCAUACGUCUGCCGGAAAAGAGAAGAAACUUUUUUUUUUACAUGUUUGACUCCAAAAGAGUUUGUCAUUAAAGAGAAGUUCAAUGAGGGUCA